AUGAAGGCUCUUAUUCUCGUCGGCGGUUUUGGCACACGCCUUCGUCCUCUCACCCUGACUCUGCCCAAGCCGCUGGUCGAGUUUGCGAACAAGCCUAUGAUCGUCCAUCAGAUCGAGGCCCUCGCUGCCGCUGGUGUAACCGACAUCGUGCUCGCUGUCAACUACCGACCCGAGAUCAUGGAGAAGGCACUUGCCGAGUACUCCGAGAAGUUCGGCGUCAACAUUGUCAUGUCGGUCGAAUCUGAGCCCCUAGGGACCGCUGGCCCUCUGAAGCUCGCCGAAGAGAUCCUGAGCAAGGACGACACGCCCUUCUUUGUUCUCAACUCAGACGUCACCUGCGAGUUCCCCUUCAAGCAGCUGGCCGAGUUCCACAAGGCCCACGGUGACGAGGGUACCAUUGUGGUGACCAAGGUCGAGGAGCCCUCCAAGUACGGUGUCGUAGUCCACAAGCCCAACCACGCCUCGCGCAUCGACCGUUUCGUCGAGAAGCCCGUCGAAUUCGUCGGCAACCGCAUCAAUGCCGGUCUCUACAUCCUCAAUACGUCGGUCCUCAGCCGCAUUGAGAAGAACCGCCCCACCUCCAUCGAGCAGGAGACAUUCCCUGCUAUUGUUCGCGAAGGUCAGCUGCACUCCUUUGACCUGGAAGGCUUCUGGAUGGAUAUCGGUCAACCCAAGGACUUCCUGACGGGCACCUGCCUGUACCUCUCUUCCCUGGCCAAGAAUUCGCCUAAGCAGCUUGCCUCGCCCUCGGAGAGCUUCGUACACGGCGGUAAUGUCAUGAUUGACCCCUCGGCCAAGAUUGGUAAGAACUGCCGCAUCGGCCCCAAUGUGGUUAUUGGCAAGGGCGUCGUGAUUGGAGAUGGUGUCCGUCUGCAGCGAUGCACUCUCCUCCCCGGCUCCAAGGUCAAGGACCACGCAUGGGUCAAGAGCACCAUUGUGGGCUGGAACAGCUCCGUCGGCAAGUGGGCUCGUCUCGAGAACGUCACGGUCCUUGGUGACGAUGUUACCAUUGGUGACGAGAUCUACGUGAACGGUGGCAGCGUUCUGCCUCACAAGAGCAUCAAGGCCAAUGUCGAGAUUCCCGCCAUCAUUAUGUAG